UUUGACGGCACCGCAUCCCGCUCUCACAUAGACGCUUCGCCGAACUGCAAGUCGCCUACGUCACACGCACAUUCGCGCGUAGAAUUACCCACCCUUGGUCGCAGACGGCCUGGUUCCGCGGCGUCUCCCUUGCCACCUCGCUGAGCGCAUGGAAACGACCAGGACGUAGUGUCCGAGCUCCACGGCGUAGUCGGAGUGUCUUGUUCGCUGGUGUUGUUGUUCGGACGCGACACAAAACAACGUGUUGCGGAGCCGCCAACACCUCACCUCCACACCGCCGCUUGACUUGCUGCAUUAAUAGUGUCACGGAUCGAACACUCAACCUCUACAAACAGAGGCUCCCCGCCAGAUCCAACUCGCCGUAAACCUACCAUGACUACCAACAGGCCCUUCUUUGGCGGCUUCCUCGCCGCCUUCCGCGCGCAACAACCCAACCUGCAGAAGACGACGGCCUCACAAGCAGCGUCCGUGGCCUCGUACUCGCAAACCACGGCCUCGCAACAGAGCCAGACUCUCGACACAGCAGCAGCUUCCUCGCGCACAAUAACCACCAAGACGCGCUCACCGUCGCCCGGUGCAACGACGGUCUCCGUGCAAGCAACAGGCCAUUUCCAGCCAACCAGACAACACACCGCCCCCUACAACCGCUCCACAUCCCCCAAGGCCCAGGCCUUCCCAAUACCAGGCGCAUCGCAACGAGGCAGACGGGGCUCGGACAGCUCGUCCGAAGGCUUCCACGAAGCCAUGGGCGCCGAGAAAUGGUACAUUGGCGGCCGAACAGCAACGGGGGAGGAGAAGUUCUACAAGCUGGGCAUGGUCAAGCGACACAGAAGCGCCGACCGCUUGAGUCUCGACAAGCUCAGCAUAUGAGAUGGUCGGGACGAGAUUUACUUUGGUUGAAAAAGCGUAAUUGCAUCAUCGGCGUUUUGGGGGAACAUGGACGCGGCAUCUCAAGGCAAGAUCCAGGUUUGGGUAUUUUAGAAAGCC